AUGGUUCCCCGCGGAAUAAUAGUCCUGUGGUUUUGUGUCUUCCUGGCAUCGACUUCUGCGGAUAACUUGGAAACUGGGGUGAAGCUCAUCAGGAGGUUGUACGAUAAUUGCGAGAAUUCACAGGAAAUCCUUAAAUGUUUUAAAAUUCAGGCAGCAAAACUUGUUGGUCGAGCGGCAAGAGCAGAAACACUUCCGAUUUUUGAUGGAAUUUACCUUAAAAGAACUGCAGAUCAUGGACGAGCUUUUCCCUCUACGAUUCCAGAAGGCAACUUGAAUUCCUUGAAUUCAAAUGAAGUUGACGAGCUUUUAGAUAUUGAAAUAGGAAAUUUGAUUAAGACCCACCGUGUUGUGAUUUCACCUUCAAAAGUUGGUGUAGAUAUUGGAAGAUCAAUGAAUGAAGCGAGAAGUAAGUUAAAGAAAAUGAUGGGCCCAAUUUUAGCUGGAGUGGCUAUUAAAGGAGGAUUUUUGGCAAUUGCUUUCCAAGCCAUUGCUAUUAUAGCUGGUAAGGCGUUAUUAAUCGGUAAAAUUGCUUUACUACUGUCUGCUAUCAUCGGCUUGAAGAAACUUGUAGCUGGUGGAGAAGCACACGAAAAAACUACUUACGAGAUCGUUAAGCAUCCUCAGGUUUCACAGAGUCAUACAUAUUCUUCUUCACAUUACGGCAGUGACUUUGAUACGACCGGACCUGGAGGACACUAUAGACGAAGCGUUGAAGAAGAGGCAGCUGCUCAGGACAGAGCUUAUAGAGCUUACGCUAAGACGCAACAAUAA